AUGGCAGAAGAUGCGUCUCAAAGGAUAUCCAUUGCCCAUCAUGAAGCCAGGGCGCUCUACGUAGCCCGCAACCCCAGAUCCCAGGCCAUCCACCAAGACGCCACGAGAUCGCUGCCCGGCGGCAACACCCGGACGGUGCUUUACACGGAUCCCUUUCCCAUCUGCAUGAAGUCCGCUAAAGGCUAUCAAGUAACUUCCGAGGACGAUAAAACCUACACAGACUUUACCGGCGAGUUCACAGCAGCGCUCUAUGGCCACUCCAACCCCGUCAUCCUUGAAGCCAUCAACAAUGUCCUCCAAAACGUGGGCAUGAAUGUCGGGGCAACGACGUCCCAGGAGCAGCUGUUCGCCAAGGAGCUGUGCCAGCGCUUUGAUCUGGAACGAGUCCGCUUUACCAACUCCGGCACCGAGGCCAACCUCCAUGCCCUGGCCGCCGCGAGGCUCUUCACCAACAAGAGAAAGGUGGUGGUAUUCAACAGGGGCUACCAUGGAGGAGUCCUGGGCUUCAAGGGUGGGAAGCCGGCGCCGAACAACGUCGACCCCAAUGAUUGGAUUGUCGUCAAGUAUAAUGAUCUUGAUGCUGCCACCAAGGCCAUUGAGGGCGAGGGAGUGGCCGCCGUCUUGGUCGAGGGCAUGCAAGGGAACGGAGGAUGCAUCGUCUCAACCGAGGAGUUUCUCAUUGGGAUCCAGAAUGCCGCUGCAAAGGCCGGCGUCGUCUUCAUCCUCGACGAGGUCAUGACGUCCCGCAUCUCAGGCUCCGGCUUCGCAGGCCUUCGCGGCGUCAAGCCAGACCUAAAGACCUUUGGCAAGUAUCUCGGCGGCGGUCUAGCCUUCGGCGCCCUCGGUGGCAGGGCCGACAUCAUGGCAGCCUUUGACCCGAGACUGUCCACCUCGAUUUCGCACUCGGGCACCUUCAACAACAACACCCUCGUCACUCAUGCCGGCUACGCAGGCCUGAAGCACGUCUACACCCCCGAAGCAGCGGACAAGUUUACCGAGAGGGGGUCGCAGUUUUUGGCCAAGCUUCAGGAGGCCGUCAAGGGAACAAGGAUCGUCUUUACGGGCCUCGGCUCCGUCAUGUGCUCUCACUUUGUCGAAGGAAGUGCUGAGAUCACGGACCUGAGAAGUGCGGAUGAUGUUCAGGAAAAUGAGCUGCUCAAGGACCUCUUUUGGUUCGAGAUGCUGGAACAAGGCUACUGGGUUACGCGAAGAGGCUUCAUUGCGCUGGUUUUGGAGACGCCGCAGUCGGAGCUCGACAGGUUCGUCGACGCUGUGCAGGCAUUUGUAUUAAAGUAUAGAGAAGUUUUGGCGCUUUGAGACGAAGUCGGUCAGUUGAAAAACUAGACAGGGCAACUCUCGGCGUCAUUGCUCGUUGAUAGUGUAGGUGAUUAGUAGAUAGAAGUUGAGUUC